CCUCGCUCUACCGGCACAUCCAGGUGAUUUGCGGAACAAGGUUAUCUGAGUUGCUAUCUUCGCCUGGUGUUGUUGAGCCGAACCCAACCCCGACGCCAGAACACCUCGGAUAUACCCCCAUAAACGAACGCGUCUUCCCUCCCUUUACCAACUAAUCACAUCGGUUCGGCCGCCUUUGAGAAAUAGCCUUCUAGAUGGCUGACUCCGUGGAUCGCGUGUUCGUCCAUGCCUUAAAUACCGUCAAGAAAAUCCCCAAAACGGGGGCAUCGCGUCCCCCGCCGUCCGACAGACUGCGACUCUAUGGUCUUUACAAGCAAGCGAUGGAGGGGGAUGUCGAUGGCGUCAUGGAGCGGCCGACCUCGGCUUCCGGCAUGCCAGCCGACGAGCUUCAACGCGAGAAAGACAAGUGGGAUGCGUGGAACCUCCAGAAAGGACUGAGUCGGACGGAAGCGAAGAGAAGAUAUAUCGAGGCGCUGAUCGAGACGAUGCACAAAUAUGCGACAACGCCAGACGCAAAGGAACUUGUCUCGGAACUCGAGUUCGUAUGGAAUCAGAUCAAGAACAACAGCCCCAGCUCGACCGACUCUUCACCGAAAGGCACAGGUUACACCGGCGAAUUACGGCAGUUCCAGCCACCCCUGGCCGGAUCCGAAGGCCCCCUGAAGGUUCUCAGCCCCAUGAGCGAGGACGAUGCCGCAGAAAGACAUUCGGACGGAAGGAUAGGCUACGACGAUGACGAUGAAGGGGACGCGCUUGUGCCGAGUAGCAACUGGUCUCGGAGUGUGGAGCGCGCGCUUGAGAAGCUGUCCGCCGAGGUCGCAGCAUUACGAGAGCAAAUAGCAACAGGAAGAGAGUGGAAGUCCAAGAAGUCACGAAGCUUCCCAGCCUGGCUACGAUGGUUUACAUGGAUCGUCAUGAAACAUUUAGCUAUCGAUAUGGUGCUGCUAGCCUUCGUCCUACUGUGGAUGCGCAAGCGGAAGGACCGGCGACUGGAAGACUUGGUUCGGGCAGGGGUGAAGUUGAUGCGGGAGUACGUGAGGAACGUCUUACCAGCCAGAUGACAAUUCUCUCUCGCGGGCG